AUGCCCUCAACAAGGGCCCGAGAGGCCUCGGGUAGCGACAAUAUCAGCGCCGUUAGAACGUCCAAGAAAUCAAUGACCCAAGUGGAAUUAACAGCGGUAAAGAAAGCCGCUGGCCUUAUUGAGGAGAAACAGAGCGGAAAAGAUGGAAACAGGGACAUGCUUAAAAAGAUAGGCCAGUACCUAGAAAGCACCUACCAAGAGGUUAAAGGACUGAAAGAAGCCCUUAUCAAACAAGAGAUGAUGAUCAAGGAACAGUCUGAAAUGAUCCGGGAACAGAGCAAUACAAUUCAAGCGCUGCAGACCCAAGUAGAAGCAAUCCGAAGCCAAGCUACAGAAGAUUACAAGCAACUCCAGGAACAGCUAGACACUGUCGCAAGUACUCCGGCUAUGACAACAUACGCGGCUGUAGUUGAUAGACAGCCCAGUCAUCAACAGGAUACACAGCUAGUACCCCUAGCCCGUCCUACAUUAGUUAAUACGCUAUUCUGCACAAUCGACACGUCCCGGGUCGGAGAACAAGACAAAGCGAAGACCCAGAUAGCCAAUAUAAGACAACAGAUCGAAAAAGAGAUGCGUGGGAAUGAGGAAACAGAAAACUGGCGGUGUGCAGCAAUGAUCAAGGACCCAAAAACUGCAGACCGGAUCAAGGUGGUUUGCAGACAUGAAGACGAGAUGCAGCAGAUCAAAGAAGCCGCCCAAAAGAUUGAGAUACCAGGAAUAAGAAUCCUACGAAACCAGCUAUAUCCGGUCAAAAUCGACAAUGCUAACCGGACAGCAGUAUUAGAUGCAGAUGGAAAUAUCUUAUCAGGGACAGCCGAAAUCCUGGGGAAAGAAAAUAACGUCAGCAUUGCUAAGAUCUCUUGGCUUAGCAAAAAAGACUCCAACAAAGCAUAUGGAUCUAUGGUAAUAUACGUUACCAAAGCGACGGAAGCCAGACGUCUGAUAGAAGGCAACUAUUUUGAUAUAGCAGGAGAAUCCGCAUAUACUCGGGUCUUUGAACCACAAACAGGACCUGCUCAAUGUUAUAACUGCCAAGAGAUGGGGCAUAAGGCCUUUUCCUGCAAGAAGGCUCAAACCUGCGCUAGAUGUGCAAAUAAGGGACAUCAUCACAGCACCUGCCAGGAUACAAUUCUAAAGUGUGUUCCCUGUGGAGGGCCUCAUGAGUCAUUCAGCAAAAACUGUCGAAUACGCCUUAUACAGUCUCAUGCAUAG